AUGUUCCACCCGCAGUCGUCGUCGUCGUCUCUCCAGACCCCUAAAACCGGGCGGUCGCGCUUCUCCAAGGCCCUCCCUGCUCUUCCCCCUGUCCAAGUUGAGUCCUUUGACCUCUUGAGCAACUCGACGACCAUGGGUUGGCCUAGAAAAACCGUCGCGCCUCCACCUGUGUUGGAAAAGGCCAAGCUCUUCACGCCUCUUCCACCCAUCCCGCUGUCCACCAGUCCCUUGGUAGCCGACUUUUCACAGGUCCAACCUAGCCCACAGCAAUCCGUCAUGUCCAUCCCCAGGAGACCGGUAGCAAAGACCGAGGCGCCGCCGCUUCCCGCAGAACCCCCUUCACCUUCCGGCUCAGUCCUCAGCUUUCUCUCGGCAUAUUCCAGGAGUUCCGGAGAGUCCCUCGUCCGGACAUCAGACAACGACGGAGACGGCAGCAUGAACAGCUCCUCGGAGCCCACGUUAUCCCCCACGCGAGAGAAGUCGCCCGAACCUGUCAACAACGACUUUUCGCUACCCCCUAGGUCGACGUCGUUGGCGCCCAAGAGCCCCGGUGGUUUGGGCAACAUGACUAUGUCUUCGAGGUUAAACAGCAACGGCAACGGCAACGUGGCCAAGGCCUUGCCCACGCCUAGGGAGCUGCCUACGCCCAAGGAAUUGCCCACACCCAGGGAGCUACUUACGCCGAGAGAAUUGCCCACGCCAGGCACUAUCCCGCCUAGCACGACCACGAAGCCCAGGUCGCCGCCACGCCGCCCCGCCUCCCCUCAGCCCACAUCUUCCGAGCUCUUGACCAGGCGUUCGCUCAAAUCCAACCAGAACCUUGGUGUGCCCGAAUUAAAGCUCGUUACUAACAACAACACCACCGUUGUCAGCAAGCCCAACUCGGCAAACACGACCGUGCCCGAAAGUCUCGUCAAGCCAUCAUUUGCUUCCAACCCUCCCCUGUCGUCGGCUCACCAGAACUCGCCGGCACGGCCCACCCAGCCCGCCUUUUCCUCGCCCCGCUCGCAGAUCCAAAAUGGGCUUGCGAGCGUAAAGGCCCUUCCCGCCGAACCACCCGCCCCCGCCCCCAGUCCGAGCAGCAAACCCUUCGAGGAGUUGGCGACAACAUGGUCGCUACCUUCGCCGUCGGGCCAGCUAGAGACUCCUAUCAGUCCCCUCAACCUUGCUACGAACGUCAUCUCGCCUCUGACGCCAGAUAUGCCGGCGGACGUGCCUCGAGAGCAGAAACCCGUUGCUCCUGCUGUCUCUUCCCUCCCUCCGGCUCCCGCGCCGGCCUCGGAUUUGCACGCUGCUCGAAGCCUGCCCGAGAUUUCUCCAUAUCAACGCCCGCAGACCAGCAACGAAAGGCCGCCAGCCCCAGCUUCCGAGCUCGUGGGAAAUGGUGCGACUUCGCCAGCCUCGGCCCAAGAAACGCCUCAGCAACAAAAGUUCCCGCCUCGAACCUCGUCAACACGUAAUCACCCCAUGCCCGGCCAGAAAUUACAACAACAACAGCAGCAGCAGCAGCAGCAGCAACAGCAGCAACAGCAGCAACAUGUACCCCAAUCUCGAGGACGGCCCGAAGCACCCGGACUUAGCAACGAUGUGCGCGCGCCAUCGGUGGACGGGCGCCUAGAUCGUGUGGCGAGCCACCCCAAUUUUGCCACGGAUUAUGGUACUUCUACCGUUCCCACACCACCCUCGAGCAACGGUCGCCGGUCCGAUGGGACGGUGUACCGCGAGCUUAUCCAGGACGAGCUUCCGGCGCCGGAUCCCCGCGCCAUGUACUUCCCGGUGACGCAGACGACGCAGCCGCAGCCGACGGGGCCUAACGCGGUGUUCAAGCCGACGCCGCUCACCAACUCACAUCACGGGUGCUUCCAGAAGCACACGAAGAUGAUUAUGUCGCGAAACAAGCACUACUCGCUUGCGUGCCAGACGUGCGAGCUCGAGGACAAUGAGCUGAGAUGGCAGUGCGCUUGGUGCAGGCUUCGAGUGUGUGGAACGUGCAUGCGUCUUCUGCAGACGCACCAGCGAGAUCUCACCAAGGUGUUGGAGCACAUUCAAAACCCGCCGCCGUCUGUAGACGCGACUUCGUCUCAGGGUUCGAGGCCGGUGAGCGCCGAGGCGCUGGCGGCGGUAGUGGAAGAAUCUCAGGAAGUGGCGGUGCCCAUGCAUGAACAGGAUCGGGCCCGGGGUCACGCCCAGCAGCACCCUCGGGAGGAGGACCACCGGGUCUCUCAAGAACAGCCCCAGAUGCAGGCUCAGGCAGCGCAGCGACAGCAAAUGCAGAACCAGGCGUCGUAUCAGGAAUUCCCGCAGCAGCAGCAGCAACAGUAUCAACAGCCGCAGCAACAGCCGCAGCAACAGCAGCAGCAACAGCAGCAGCAGUAUCGCGCUUACAACCCUGGCAGCUACGAUGACCGUGGAUACGGAUAUAGCCAACCUCAGCAAGGCUACAAUCAAGGCUACAGUCAGAGCCAAAGCCAAGGGUAUAACCAAGGUUACGGCGGGCAAAAUUAUGGCCAGGACAUGUAUUAUGGACAGCAACCCCCGCAGCAGCAGCAGAACAGGGGCCAGCACCCCAUGGUGCGGCAGCAGCACUCUAUGCAGGAGAUGAGGCAGUAUUAA